AUGGAAGAAUUAAAAAAGGAAGUUAAUGAUAAAUUUCAAGAACCUAAAUUAAACAAUUUUGAAAAAACAUUCAUGGAUAAUUGGAUAAAUGCAUUGGAUCGAGUAGAUGAGGGACGUAGGUGUUUUGAAAACUUAAGAAAAAUAUUUCAAGAAAUGAUAAGAAUUGAAAAAGAAUAUGAACACAAUUUAAGUAAUUUGUGUAAUAUAUUUAAUGAGUUUGAAAAUGAAUCGAGUGGUAUAAAAAAUGGAAUCAUUGGAAUAAAAAAAAAUAUAGAAAGACGAUGUGAGCAAAUAAAAGAAUUUGUUAAUUAUGUAGAGAUUGAAAUAAUAAAUAAUACAUUAAAUUCUACUUUAGAUAAUCAUAAACAUGUAUUUAAUUAUAUAAAAUUAGAUGGUAUUGAAAAUAAUAAAAUGGAUGAACGCGCAAAAAAUGAAAGUUUAAAAUAUAUAGAAAGAUGUGCAUAUUCAUAUGAAUCGUUAGUUAAUUCUAUAAAUGUUUUUCAUAACAGUUUUUAUUAUGAUCCUAUAAAAAGAAUUGAAUUAUCAAAUAAUUGCAUUAAACAAUAUUUAAUAGCUAAAAAAAGAGAAGAAGAAUAUAAAAAUGCAAUUAAUGAUAUUAAUAAUGUACAAGAAAAAAAAGAAAAAAGAUUGAAAAAUAUUUUAUCUUCACUCGAAUCGAUGGAUUAUAAACGUAUUGCAUGUUUAAAAGACAAUGUUAUGAAAUAUUUAAUUUUUUUAAUGUCGUAUAUUAGAAAUGUACAAUAUGAUGUUAACCUUUGUAUUGACAUUUUUAAAGAUAUAGAUCCAUAUAAAGAGAUUGAAGAAUAUUGUUUAAAAAAAAAAGAAUUAAAUAAAAAACAAAAUGAGCAACUAAUUUUUUAUAAUAACAUUGUUUCAUGGCCAAUGCUAAUAGAUUUUGUAGAUGAAAUAAAUGAAUUUUCUCGAAAAAAUUAUAAAACUAGUUUAUAUGAUAAUGAUAUAGAUGAUAAACUUUCUGACUUACCUUCUAAAAAUAAAUAUAGUAACAUCUUAUUAUCCUUUUUUAAUAUGAAUACAUAUAAAAAGUGGGUUAUAGCAGAUGGUUGUACUCCCCUCGGGUCUGGAAAAACCUAUAAUUCAGAUAAUGAAUAUUGUGAUAAAUCUAUAGAAGAAAAUGAAAAUAAUUCGAGCAUUAUUUCAACUGGGAUAUUUAAUGAUAUAGUUUUUUUUAAGAAAAAUGGAAAAGGGAGCGAUCGUGGGGAAAUGGACAAAAAAAUAAAUGAAGAAAAAAUCGAAGGGAAAGAACAGGGAAAUGAGUUAGGAGAAAAAUAUAAUCAAGAAAUUAGUGAUAAAGAUAAUAAAAUAAAAGACGAAUUGAAAGAUGAUGAAAAAACAGAUGCACAAAAUAGCAAAAUUAAUUAUGAGACUGAUAGUAACAAUGAUAUAGAGAAAGAACUCAAUUAUUUAAAUAUAAAAAAAUUAUUUCAAUCGAGUAAUAAAAAUGGAGAUUCUAUGGGAAAUAAUAAUAAAUAUGAUGACGAUUAUUCAUGUAAUUCUAAUUAUGAUUUAACAAAUAGGUCUAACUCAUUAAAAAAUAUAAGAUUGUUUUUUAUUUUUUACUUGAAGAAUAUUUUUGCAUCUAAUUUUGAUGUAUUAUCUGAGUUUAAUAUUGGUCCAUUUUUUAAUUCAUAUAACAAUCGACUUAUAUUUUGCGAGUGUUUAAUGCGGUUCAUUAAAGAGGAUAUUUCAAAAAAGGGUGUGGAAGAAAAGAAGGUUAGCAACAUAAAAUCGAUGGUUAUAUUUACAAAAGUUAUUUUAUUAUUUUUAGAUGCAUGUAAUGAAUAUUACGAUUAUUGGUCAGCAAUGUAUAUUUUAGUAGCAUCUGAAAAUUUAUAUCUUGAAGUAGAUGCAAAUGAAAAUAUAAAUGUUAACAUUUUGUUGAAAAAAUACUCAUUUGAAAAAAGUAAUGAAAUAAGUUAUAGUAUUGAGAAUAAAGGUAAUGAUAACAGUGAUUUUACUUUUGAAAAUAUUAAAAGUAAUUUGAAUAGUGAUAUAGAUGGAAAUAAUAUUAAAAAAGAGGAUGAAAUGGAUAAUAAGGAUUGUAAAAAUAUGAUAAAUAUAUUUGAAAAUAAUAAGAGUGAUACAGGGAUUGAAAUGCGGGGAAGAGUUAAAACGAAUUUGGAAACAGAAUCUGUGAAAACAGUUGACGAAAAAAAGAAAGUGUAUUUGUAUCGAUUUUUAUAUGAACAUGGUUUAUGGAAUGAUAUAAAAUUUUGGGAGACAUGUCUUUUAAUAAUAAUAUCUGAAAUAAUUCAAGAAUCAAUUUUAUUAGAAAAAUUAAGAUAUGAAAAUAAAGAAUCCUUAAUAAAAAAUUAUUUUUUUUUUUUUAAAUAUUUUAAAGUUUAUAAUACUAUGAUCAAUUAUGGCUUAUCUGUUAAUCAAAUUGGUUUAUUGUUGAAUAAAAUAUUUCGUUUAUUUAAUUUGAAAACAGAUCCCACAUCUAGAAAACACUUUUUUCAAAUAAUUGACAUAGCAACAAAUAAAAACAUUACUUUGAAUUAUAUUAAAAUGGGACCAGAAAAUAUGAACAAUGAAUAUAAAAAAUAUUAUAUGCAAUAUUAUAACAACUUUUUAAAUGAUGACUCAAGAAAUGAUGAAAGAAAAAAUUGA